AUGUCGACUUCAGAAAUGGCUGCCUCCGCCUUUGAACAUGCGCCGCUCGCCCCUCACCUGUCGUCUGGCAUGCAUCCUGUGGCCAUGUCUCGCCCGCAGGUAGGCAUCGAGAGGUUACCGACACGGCGGAUGAGCAACGAACCUCGAGAAUCCAUGAACUGCAAGUCAUGUCGUAAACGAAAGAUCAAGUGCAACCGCCUCCGGCCAUCUUGCGAGGCUUGCCAGGUUUUCCAGUGUCCCUGUGUGUAUGAUGCCGUGCCCAAGAAAAGGGGUCCUAAAACAGAUGUACUGGAGGCUCUCGUGAAGAGGAUCGACGGGCUGGAGCAGCAACUCAAAGACAAAAAGACGGCAGAUCCUUCAGGGACGGAAGUGGCAACGAGAAACAAGAGGACGGCAAGCAACGCAAGUCUAGGACCGGAUGUCGACCAAGUGUCACCUAGCGCCUCUGCAGGGCUCGCAGCUGGCAGUGUGGCAGACGACGAUCUGAAAUCGAGAAUCGACCCGGCACUCACAAACAGGUCGGCCCACAUCUCAGAGUCGGCCAUAUACUCACCGUCUCCCGGAAGUGAGCCAUCUUCCAUGUCCAUAACAGUUCCAACCGACGCGUUGCUGGACACAUACUUUAGUCGUUUUCACGGAAAGCCAUAUCAUAUCCUCGACGAGACGGUAAUAAGACAGAGGAUACAAGCGCACCAAAUACCGUCAUUCUUGGCGCACGCAAUUUAUGCCGUUUCAGCGAGCGGAUAUCAGUCUGCAGUACAGCUCAGUGAAGAUUACGCAAUCCGCGCGAGAUCCGAGAUAGAUACCGACGAACCGUCAGUAGACGCUCUACAGGCGCUUCUUCUUUUAGUAACAGCCUUUACCGCCAUGGGGAAGGGGAGAAAGGCCUACAUGCUGCUUACUAGCGCGGUAGGUAUGGCCAUGGCCCUAGAGCUCCAUCGAGAAGUCGACCCGAACGCCCGAAUAUCACCGGCAGAACGCGAAAUGCGCAGGCGACUCUUCUGGAGCUGCUUUCUCCUCGACAGGUUUAUGGCAUGUGGCUCGAAGCGCCCAUCUCUCAUCUCCAACCGAACCAUAAUCGUCCGUCUCCCUUCUUGGUCGCCAGGCCCGCAGUCAUUGCCCGUGGAAGGAGAGUUUUUCGUCAGCGGCUCGAACCUGCACUACUUCCAGGGGAGUGGUAAGAAAUCACAGGGCAGCAGCGGAAUGCUGAUUGAUAUAAGUCGGAUAUUGGGCAUAACCAACCGAUACCUUGCCGCAGGAGGGGUCAAAGGAGACUCUCAUUUUCCUUGGCAUUCUCUUUCGAACCUGUCCAAGAUCCGACAAGACUUGGACAUAUGGGCCUCGGGCACAGAAGAUGUGUUUUCGAGCCUCGACAAACUCUUCGGCCAGCCGGACUCGACAGUGCUGGUGCUGAGCAAGCUGAUUUACCACCUGAUACACUGCCUCAUCUACAGGCCCUUUCUCCCCAUAGAUCUUGGCGAGCUUGCCGGGGCCGGGCAGCACCAGUCAUGGCAGAUCGAAGCGACCAACAUGUGCUUUUUACACGCGAACGCCAUAGCAGAGCUCGUGGAGCUCGGGAAGCAGACGGCGACCAUCGAAUGGCCGGCGUUUGUCGGCUACUGCAUCUGCACGGCGGGGACGGUCCACGUGCACGGGGCCUUUUACAACAAGAACCGGUUCGCCGGCGGCGAGAUGAGCGGUGUCCUGGCCUCCUCGACCGACUUCCUCUCGCGGGAGAUGCAGCAGCUGAGCGAGCUGAGGUACGCGUGGGCGAGCGUGCAGCACCAGCGGGAAACGCUCCAGGGCAUCUACGGGGCGCACGCCGAGCUGGUCAAGAGCCACGCCAGCAACCCCAUGCGCUCCGCGCCCGUCUUCCAGCUCGAGGACUUUUUCGACCGUUAUGCAAACAUUGGGGGGCCAGGCGGCCAGUCUUUCUACUUUGAUUCGGCCAACAUCAGCCUUUCGGAUGUCGUGGUCGACUACACCACCGACGUCUACACGGGUCACGACCUCUACGCGCCCAGAUCUAGCAUCAGCGUGGAUGCGAUGGGUGGGGGAAACGGUAGCGAUCGGGCAAGCCUCAAGCGCAAGAAGACGGCGCCCACGGCCAUGAAGGCUCCCGACCUCCGGCUGCAGACCAUCUCGACCAACAUGCCUGUACCGCACACGCCGCACGGCCUCCCGACGCCCUCGCACCACAGGCAUUCGUUUUCGUUCCAGCCGCCCCAGGGAUCGCCGGUCCUUUUACAAUCACCCGCCAUGCAUCACCAUCCUAUUCCAGGUACGACUGACGCACCGUCCUCACAUCCGACCGGCCCGGGUGCAAGAGCAAUGGGACCCAUGGGCGAGAUGCAGACGCCUGCCGGGCAUCACCUGCAGUCACAUCAGGGCGGCGGGGGCGGCGGCAUUAACACUUUUAGCCCCACCAUCAACUAUUCCCCGCUACCAGGGCAGAGCGGUGGUGGUGGUGGUGGCAGUCGAGAGACGCCAGCCCAGCAGCAGCAGCAGCAGCAGCAGCAGCAGCAGCAGGGGUCAGCGGCUACACCAGGUAACUCAGGGCCUUCGUCCUACGACCCCAUGUUCGGCACCCUGCCUACAAACGCCUUUAGCAGCCCGGCGCCGGGGCCGUGGCACCACCACGUGCCCGGGGGCGAAAACGAUGCGGCUGCCGCCCCGGCGCCGGGCAAGACCCUGGCACAUAGCCCCGGCGCGGGGAGCAACGCCAACGAGGGCGGUGCCGAGGAGAAGGAUCCGUUCCUGAGCCUGCUGGAGCAGCUUGCAGAGAACGAGCAGGCCAUGGGCUCGGGGGGUGAACUUGAUUUUUUCUUGGGCAUGAGCCAGCGAUGA